CCAAACAUCAAACAGGAGCUCACGAAGGACCACUUGAAAAUAUACAAUCUCGACAUCUUGCUGUCGAUGUAUCCGUCCCUGAUCCGGCUGAAGCAGUGUUUGCACGAGUACGAACAGAGCAGACGCAGAAAUAAGCAGCAUCUGCUGAACGCAAUCAAGUACUCGUCUGCGUUCUUGCCCCUCUUUGCCAAUAUUCUCAUCCGGUCCAAUAUGACUGGUCUGGGGAUCUGGUAUCUUGCCGUGUUCAUUAAUUCGUGCUACACUUUCUUCUGGGACGUGCAUUACGACUGGAAUUUCGAGUUGUUCAUGAGAUUUCUGUCCAACAAGCGCGGCCUGCCGCUGCUGCGCCACAAGCUUGUGUACACCUCCACGUUCUACUACCUCGCCAUUUUCAUCGACCUCCAGCUGCGAUUCGUUUGGGUCUACAGGCUCCUGUACGCCGAUCUUCUUCCGUACAAAGAGUACUCAUUUGUGGCCACCAUUUUGAGCUCCUUGUACGUCAACGAGACGGGCAACUUUGUUCUCGAGAUCCUUGAGAUCUUUAGAAGAUGGGUCUGGGUGUUCCUCAAGAUCGAGACAGAGUAUCUGAAAUCAGCGACCGAGCUGGACCUCGAGUUGCAAAGUAUGUAGAUAUAACAUUAGAGUUAUACAC